AUGGCGUCCCGGGACCGCGUGGCUCAGGCCAAGUCCCGGGCGGAGCGGUCGCGGCCCCCUACUGUGCCCGUUCCCCAGAUCGACAUCGUGCCGGGCCGCCUGUCUGAGGCCGAGUGGCUCUCGCUGCUGUCCUUCGAGGAUGCCGAGGAUGCCGUGGGAGACCUCCUGGCCCUGCUGCUGGACCAGGUGCUGGAGGGAUGCUACAAGGUGUACCUGGCCCGCCAGUGCAUCCCCUACGUCAUCAACCAAGCACGGGAGGCCAUGGUGCAGAUCAUCGAGUGGCGCUUCUUGGUGCGGGAUGAGGGCCAGGCGGAUGUCUCAACAGACCCCACGUGGCAGGAGGAUGAGGAGCCUGUGGCCUGCAUCACGGAUUCGUGGGCGCAGGGUUCUGUGCCCGUGUUAGAAGCCAUGCCACGUCCGGAGGAGGAAGAGGUAGAAGAAGAAGAAGAGUUGGUUCCUCCCCGCGAGCCGCCCGAGGAAGCCGCUGCUCCCCAGGAGGCGCCUUGUGACGCGGGUGCUGCUGCCCCCCGGGCGGAGGAGCCGCCCCGGCAGCCCUCCCGAGAAGAGGAGGCCCACGUCGCCACGGGGCUGCCGGCGCCCCCCCGCCGGGCCUCCUCUCUGCCGCGGGCGAGCGCGCCGGCGGCGGCCCGGUCCGGCGGCCCCCCGGGCGGGGAGGGCCGGCUGUGCCGGGCCGGGAAGCACCUGCUGCUGCUGCUGGCGGCGUCGGAGGAGCGUCCGCCGCGCGGCCCCCGCCCGCUCCUGCCGCCCUCCUGCAGCAACCUGCUGCGCAUCCAGCUGGGCCGGCCGCCCACCAGCAAGGACGUGCUGUACGACGGCGCCGGCAACGUCACCGCCGUGCCGCGCCUCGACCCCGCCCGCCUGCCCAAGCGCUGGCUCAAGCCCUGCGUGCAGCUCGUGGACCCCGCCGCCGAGUGCCUGCGCCAGCAAGCCCUGCACACCCGCUCGGGCCAGCGGCCCCCCGCCCGGCCCAGCAGGAGGCGGCUCCCCCGCCAGGCCCCGCCCGCCGCGCCGCCCCCGCCCCCGGGCAGCCGCCUGCAGCCCACCAGCCUGCUCUUCGUCCCGCCCGCCCUGCUGCUGGAGGCCGUGCAGCUGGCCCCGGGGGUCAGCAUGCGGGGCGGCGGCGGCGGCGCCUGGCGGGGGCGCCGCCCCGCCGCCCCGCCCGAGCCAGAAGGCGCCGGCCAGCCCCCGGAGCUCAAGCCCCUGGCCCCCGGCCCGCCCUGCCUCCCCGCCCUGGCCGUGGAGAAGCGUGUUCUUGUGAAACGGGGCGGAGUCCUGGAGGCGAAGCCCACCCUCUCCGCCGGCAGGACGCUGCCCCAGCAGCGGGAGGCUUCUUUGGGCUGCGGCCCAGCCGCUGGUGCUCAAAGCGGCGCGUCCGAAGCGGGACCCUGCCGGGGGGCGCCUCGUGGGCGCAGUCAGGACGAGCCAAGUAUUGUCCGCGACUGA